AUGGAAAGCGAAUUUAGCAGAGGCGGUCAUGAGUCUUCAGACGAAUUAGAUUUCCUCCGGCACUCAUUAGCUUCUUCUCACUCGAUUAGUUCACAAGUUACUCGACAGCCAGAAAUGAAAGAUUCAUUCAGCGAUAAUGAUGAAGAGGAAAACGAAAGACAAUCGCCACGUUUUGACGCUGAAAUACCACGUUUUGACGCUGAAAUACCACGCUUAAGCGUAUCAAUGACACCUUGGCGCAAGAAACCUACAACAACACACGACGCACUUGAUUUAGAAAACACAUUUUUACAGUCUAAGGGCGGAACGGAACCUCCUUCCCUGCCAAUUGAUCUUGCGUCACCACUGAACUCUAGGCCACACACUCGAAGUUCACAAUUCUCUGAUGGCUGUAUUUCUAGUGCCCCUACCGCAACAGUUUCAGCUUCUUCCAGUAAUGAGGUUGAGCAGCUUCAGCGGCAAUUAAUGACAUGCAAAUUGCGCCUCCGUGUUCUUACCGAACUUCUCAAGGAGUUGAACUACUCUAGAGAUGCGUAUGCCACAGAGGACAGCUCUCGUAACCAAAUUUAUGAAAAGCUAAUAAAAACUCUACCGGUACAAGACAAUAGUGGUGAGAUCUCGGUAGAGCUUAAUGGACUGCGCCAAAACCUAGAGGAAAAGAAUAAGGAAAUCAUUGAGCUCAAGCAGGAGCUUAUAUCAACAAAAAACGAGUAUAAUACGGUUUUGGACGACGUCAACUCAUACCUUGAACACUCAGAUGUAAUUGCUGGCAACAUUGAUCAGCUUUUAGUCAUGUUUUCAGAGAAAUUAACAUUGUCGCCCGAAGAAAAGGACGCUUUGGAAAAAGCUCGCAGUAUAUCAAAUAACUUUGUCGAUGUUAAGAUGAAUGCUCUGAGCUCAACAAUCGUUAAAUACUUGGACCAUUUUAUUGUUUCAAAAGCCAAAGAAGUGCAUGACGAUCCAAGUGUUAACGCAACAGAAACCUCGCUCGACAUGACACAACAUCUGGAUCCCAGACUUGAAGGUGCCAUAGAAAGUAUGCAUGAGGAGUAUCGCGCUUUCCUAGGAGGGCUAAAAGACAAAAUGAAGCAAUGUGCACAAACGGAAAGCGUACUUGGUGAGAAAUUGCUGAAGCAGACGCAGUUACUAGAUGCUUUUGCACAGUUAUAUCAAGCUCAAGAGAUCAACGAUGCUAGAGAUGAUUUUUCGGCACUAAAGAUGGAUGAUAUUAACGGCAAUUUGGACUCGCCGUCGCAUGGAACGCCAAAUUGUUCCACCAGCGCUCAUAAACAAGAGUUCGAUGACAUAGGAUUGAAGGUGACAGGUAUCAAAGAUCAAACUUUCUUGGCUGAUAAAAAAGAAUUCGGUGAUGUUAACGGAAUUGAUACCAUUGCUGUAGGUGAACUUGAUGAACUUCGGCGACGGGACAAAAAUGACUGGAUGGCAGAAAAACAAGAUCUUACCCACCAACUUUCUCUUGCAAGCUCAGAUGUAGAGCAACUAAAAGCUAAAGUGCGAGAGCUGCAGAGCGAGAUAUCAGCUUUGCAAAGCGAUUCUGAGAGCGCUCUUGCAGAACUAGAAAAGACGCUCAAGAGAGCCGUGCGAAAAUCCGGUCUAUACAUCAGUGAAAACCGUGAUAUGCAAGAUCAUAUUCACUCUAUCGAGCAAGAACUGGCAAAACUCUUGGAGCAAAACAAACAACUACAGAAAAACGCAAACCAUUCCAGGAAAGAAUAUGUGGAGCUUCAAACCGAGUUUCAGAAACUUCGCAACCACUUACUACUGCAUUUAAACAAAGUUUUUGACAUUUUCGACAAAAUACUGCAAAGGCAUUCCAUCAAUCAAGCUAAAAGUAAGCUCAAACAUCUGGAAGAACUGAAUACAAGCGACCAUUACAGAGCUACACAUAUAAAGCUGGAGUCUCUUUACGUCUUUGUAGAAUCUGCUAUUAAUUCCGUCGUGGAAGAACAUGCUAAGAUGCUGCUGAGGGAGAAAGAAAAAAGAUCUUCGCGGGUUUUUACGCAGGAAAAUGAUGGACACGGUGCUAACUUACGCAUAGAGCUACUGGAGCGAAAAUGGGUUGCAGAACGUGAAAGGAGGAAAUUAGAUGCUGACGCUGCAGAAUAUAGGAUAUCACAAUUGGAGGAUGAAAACAAACUUCUGAGACAACGUCUUCGAAACAGCUUUCAGAAUAAUGGCUAG